CUCCGGCCCACCCCUAGGGCGAUCGUGUCGUGAUUCGAAUCUUAAAAUUGUCCCACUGUGUGCGUGUUUCAAGUCGCGUAACGCUCGAAAACUAUUUGUUAAGAAAUAACAAAAAUAAACUAAAUAAACCCCUCUUAAAAUUCCAACAAAAAAGAGUGAAAAACCUUUGAGAACCCAAGAAAUCCCAGUAUUUAUUUUAAAAAUCUAAAUCCAAAUUUGUUUUUUUAAAUUCACAGAAAUUCAAAUCUACCAAAAGUAAAAAAUCAAAAACUUUCCACAUAUAUAACAAAAACUCAGUUAAAGUGCCACUUAAAAACACAAUUUCUACUUUAAAAAAAAACAAGAAACAAUGCCAGGCAUUUCAAUGCUUAACAACUAACAACAAAAGCCACCAGAAACUUGUUCAAAAAAACUACUUGGAUACUUGAGGCCGCACAGAUAAAGCUCAAAGAGCCUGAGGCCUUCUUCUGUUUAACCCAUAGUUCCAACGGAAUGUGAAGAGCCCCACCACAAACAAUGCCCACGGAAAGCUCAUCCAGCGAGAUCGCCGGCGGAGGAGGCGGCGGGGGUGGUGCGAUACCCAUGCUGCGACCUUCGCGAAUGGACCAGUUCAUGACCUCGAUGGCGGCGGCUGCGGCGGCGGUGGGUGGUGCGGCGGACAGGAAUGGCGGAUCGGGCGGAUCGGACGGGAGCUCCCAGAACGGCGGCGACUCGCGCAACUCCUCGGCCAGCCGGAUCUCGGCGUAUGAAACACAGCUGGCCUAUCAGCAGCACUUGGCCGGACUCCAUGGACCGCCGCCGCCGCAGCCCCCGCCGCACCACCGCGAGAUCUCCGCCUUUGUGCCCGUCCUGCCCACCGGAAAGGUUCGACCGGGCAGCAAUUCCAACUACGAGAUCAUCGCCAUGAUGGCCGACAAGCGGAAGGAACUGGCGCUCAGGGAGGCAGCGGCGGCCGCCAUGUUGGGCAGAGGUCCUGGCGGACCCGGAGGUCCUGGCGUCCCGCCUCCGGGAGUCCUGUACGGACCGGCUGGGGUCCCGCCGCCGCCAUAUCUCACCGGACCGGGUCCCUCGCCCACGGGAGCCGGCAGCUUUCCAUUUCCGGGAGCCGCCGCCGCCGCAGCCCUCUUUCCACCUGGACUGGGUCCUGGAAUGCACGCAGGACUCGAUAGACGCCUGCUGAGGGCUCCUGGCCGGGCAUCGCGGCCAAAAAAACAGUUCAUCUGCAAGUUCUGCAAUCGACAGUUCACCAAGUCGUACAAUCUGCUCAUCCACGAAAGGACACACACGGACGAGCGGCCCUACUCCUGUGAUAUCUGCGGCAAGGCGUUCCGGCGACAGGAUCACCUCAGGGAUCACAGGUACAUCCACUCCAAGGAAAAACCGUUCAAGUGCACGGAAUGCGGCAAGGGCUUCUGCCAAUCGAGGACCUUGGCCGUCCACAAGAUCCUGCACAUGGAGGAGUCGCCGCACAAGUGUCCCGUCUGCAGUCGGUCCUUCAACCAGCGCUCCAACCUGAAGACCCAUCUGCUCACCCACACGGACCACAAGCCCUACGAGUGCUCGUCGUGCGGCAAGGUGUUCCGCCGGAAUUGCGAUCUGCGCCGUCAUGCCUUGACCCACGCAGUGGGUGAGGUCAACUCGGGCGAUUUCGUGGAUGUGGGUGAGGAGGACGAGGCCAGGAAUUUGAGUGGUGACGAAGAGGACUCGCUGCUGGAAGUGGACUCGCCCCGCCAGUCGCCAGUCCACAAUUUGGGCGAUGCAUCGGCGGGUGCGGCGGAAAAGUCGGAGACCGAAAGGAUGCGACUCAAGCGGAAGGCGGCCAUCGAUCAGGAGGAAAGCGAGGAGGAGUUCGAUGACUUCGAUGAGGAGGAGGAGCUGCAGGAUCUGCCGAGGGUCCACGACUUGGCCCGAGAAGACGAGGAGGACUUCGAUCCCGAGGACGAGGAGCAGGCGGAGGUGGCUCUGGUGGCCCGAUUCCAGGCGGGAAGGGCAGCCGCCACUUCGGUGGCAUCCUCGGCAGUGGGCUUGGUGGCCAAGCCGGAGCGCCAGGGCGUUACCCACUGUCAUCAUGAAGGUGGCGAGACCUACACAAUGCGACCACAUGGCGAAAAGCAACUGGAGGAACUGGGAAACCCUGGCAUUAUCAGCCUGCCCGUUCCACCGUCCUUUGUGCGAUACCCGGCACCACCGGGAGCAGCCGCACCACCCACUGGGGCUCCACCACCGAGCCACCAACACCAAGGCCAUCCACACUUGCUGCCACCCAACGGAGAUCCCUAUUUGCCCAUUCUACACGUCCGACGCGACUUGCACCACAAGAGCUUGAACCUUUCGAAGGGGGCACCACCGCCACCACACACACCACCCACUAUAAUCACCCAACCGGAAUCGAGUAAGCCACCCAACCAACCGUUGCAUUCACCACACGAGGCGAUGCCGAGUUUCCUGGGCUCGAUCCCCAUGAGGAAGAGGAUCCUGCCGGCACCCACUUUGGAUUUGAUGGAUCCGCACCACCAUCCUGGCCUGGGUCAAAGGUCGUUCGUGGACAAUCCUAGUAUAUACGCCCUGAAUAUGUCGCGACAUCCGCCCAGGCAACUUUUGGAAAAACCACCGAGCACAGAAGUUAGUGGAGCGCCCAGUGAAAAGGGACCAACCGCGGGGGGACCACCUGUGACCGCACCACCCAUAGCACCACCACCUGCACCACCCAGAAGAACGGGAUUCAGCAUUGAGGAUAUAAUGAGACGUUGAAAUCGGGAGAACUACACUAGCAAGCCUGCUUUUCUUAUCGAUUUCCAUAGAAGUAGAUUUGGAUUUGGAAAGACACCUUUUAUCAAAAAUAUUUAGUGAUUUUAUGCAACUUUGUUACAUUGCUUACUUUUAAUCACCAUUCCAGAUGGUUUCAAGACAUUAGAGAUUUCAGUAACAUUCCUUAUAAAAUAUACUCUUGUAUAAUUUGCCUAAUAUCUGAAUCGAAAUGGAAAUGGAAAUCCGGGCCACGAACUGUUCCCCACUUGUAUUCCCCAUUUGGACCCACAAGCACAUUAAUUAAUUAAGAGCUACGUUUUAGUACAUUUUAGUACAAUGUCUAGACAAGGCAAUAAAACUAAACUAUAAGUACGGUUACAUCCCUAAGCGAUAAUUGUAGGCGUAAAGAAACUCUGUUGUUGCAUUUUUUAGAGCCCUUAUGUGUUAAGAACUUAGCCUAAAUCUGCCCAUUUAAAUGUGUAAGCCUUUAGUACGAGAGUCUAUCGAUUAGUUUUUUAAUGUGUGGCCCAACACUAAGUGUUGCUGUUUGAGUGAACUCCAAUUUUUUAUUUAUGUUUCCUUAUCCGGUAAGCUAAUCUUAAUGAGUAAACAAAAUCGUAAAUUGAUUUUGCUGUAGGGAAAAAAAUGGUUGAAAGUAAAAGUUAGUUUAAAACGGAGCAUUAAACAAAAUCAAACUACAAGCAACAUUCCAGUUGAACCUAAUGCUAUGUAGGCAUAUUUCUUAAGAGUUUUGUAGUAGUUUUUUAAGCAGUCCCCUAGCAUUCCAUGGUCUUCCUUUAAUUUUAAAUGAUUUUAUUCAAACCAUAGCGAGUUAGUUUAUUUCAAAUAAAGUUUGCAUUAAUAUUAAA